UCUACAUAGACACAUGAUUGAAUGCAUCUUUUUUGACACCUUCGUGCGCAACACCGACAGCUACGCCACGUCGUUAUGCCCGGUUCUCACGAUGCCGGUAUGAGCACUAUCAGCAAAGCGUAGGAUGGUCUCGGCGAUUCGUCCAACACGCAAACGCAGGGCCUCAAUACCUAUGACCAGCUCCGGGUUGGCGCUCGCUAGUUUGACAUGCGACUUGUGAGCGUCAAGGGGGAUGACUUCUGGGCCGCCCAUGUCAACAACGAGGUCAGCGAUGCGCCCUUGGGCGCUACGGGUGAGUCGCUCAACAGCAUCAUCUCAGGCAUCAACAAGUUCACUAGCGAGAGCCCCGGGGAGGUCAUUAUCCUGUGGGUUAAGUACAUUGUCGAUAUGAACCUCAACGUACCAGCUGGGAAAGGCCGGUACUGGGAUGCCAACAAGGCGAACCAGUUCUACACCGAGCUAGAGAGCAUCAACAACAGAUGUAUCGGCCUAGACAAGACCACCAAGUUCGACAGGCUAAAGGCCAACACAUUCCUCGACAAGAAUAACGGCGCCGGGCGUGUUCUUAUUCUAACGGAUGGUCGGUUACAAGACGGCAUUCCCAACGAGCGGCCUUCCUCAGGUAUCUACCACGGCCCUGACUACAUGGACCGAGACGACUACUGGGCUGAGAAGGGGGAUACCGAGUCCCUCGCGGCAGCCCAAGUCGCACACAUGGUGGACAACAAGCGCGACGCAGGCACAAACGACGAUUUCUCGGUGACCCAGUGGCAGUGCACGCCAGACCUACUGACGGCUAACUCAUACGGUCUGUCCAGCAUCGCCAUCUUACCGACCAACCCGUCGCUGUACUGGAACGCCGUCAACGCCAUGAGUCCCGAGGUGUGGCCGACCGUGAUCCAGCAGGACUACCUCGGCUACAUCCACAUGAACGAAGGCGGCUUCCCCGACCAGCUCGGCUCCGAGGUCCGCGUGCUCUCCAUGGGCCUCAAUCUGUACAUGGUCAGCCAGAACUGCGAUGUCAGCAGCCGCAAGCACCCGCUGCUCAAGAAAAGGAUGGCCCCCCAGAGCCUCCAGGCCACUGAUGCGCCUGGUAGUAAUACGACUACCGCCGUGGACCCGCCAUUCAACGGCAUCAUCUACGCUAAUGGGACCAUCGACAAGGCGUCGGCGGCUAGAUUCCAUUUGGGCCGCGUUGAAAUCUUAAAGAAUGGGACCGUCUUUGGGAAUGGGACCGUCUUUGGGAAUGGCACCGUCUUGGCUGCGGACAAGCCAAACCUCAACUUCAGCGCCAAAUUGUUCUGAUAAGAACGUGGCUCCAGGAUAAUUAUUUCAUUGGCUUGCGCAUUUCUUUGGAUUGAACAGUGUGUUUAGGUUGGACAGAGGAAGAGAGUGGAGAAUGUAGACACAAAUAUGUAAACUAUUUUGUUUACCAAAAACACCCAAUUUAAUCAUUCAUUCAUACCGCCAACACCCAAGCAAUGUGAAGAGACGCCACAUAAACGACACAUAUCUUCAACAGCCUCCCCAAAACACCAAAAGCGCAAACGCAACGUCUACCAGAUCCGGCAUGCAACCAUCUCGUACCGCAUAAUGUGACUAAAGUCUUUCA